AUGAAACGAUUAUGCUGGCCAAAUACAAUAGAAUUAAGUUUAAGUAUUAGAUAUUCAAAUGAAAUAAUGUUUUUUUUACGGAAGGGUGCUUUGCCGUCAAUUGAACAUUUAAAUAUUACUAAUGAGGGAAUGUGUAUUAUUUUGCCAGAACAUAAAAAUAAAUCAAUAUCAAAUAUUUCAUUUGAUAAAAAUCAAUUACAUGAAAUAGUUGAUGGCACUCGAUUAAAAUCAUUAUUUUUACGUUAUAUAUAUCUCAAUGAUCUUAUUAUAUUAAUGAAUUCAUUAACUAUGUCUUUACUUGAAAAAUUCAUACUGAUUGAUUUAUAUGAUCAUAAGAUUGAAGAGGCAUGGCGAAUAAGUCCAUUCAGUUCCAAUGGUGAAUGGCCUUUUGACAAUAUCGAUUAUUAUGUAGAUGAUACUUUGUUUUUGGACGAUGAUGGAGUAUCUUUUGUCAAAAGAAGUCAAUUCAUUAUCUAUACACGUCCGAUCAAUAUUCUAUUAGAACACAAGCGAACUUUACAUAAUCAUCGUUUUGCAAGACAUGCAUAUAUGCCGAUAAUUACAAAUCGACGACGAUCACUACAACUGACUUGCAAUGAAAUGGACAAUCCUGAUCAGUUAGUCAAAACUUUGCAAAUAGUUGGAAGCAGCCACGUGAACAAACUCGAGUUGAUAUAUCGAGAUGAUUUGGUAAAUGUUCCGAUGAUAUCAAAUUAUCCUUCUAGUUGUUAUUUGUUGCUUAAUCAUCUACGAUCCAUGACUUUUAAAUCCAAAACAGACCGAAUAAAAGAAGCAGAACGUGUUUAUAUAGUGAAACAAAUACUUGAUUCGUCGCCAAAUCUUUCGCAUGUUGAAAUUGAGUGGAAUGAUUUUCGUCAUUGUUCUCAAAGAUAUUCAAAUCUUCAACAUGUGCAUCUCUUAUUAGAUCGAUUAUGUCGUCAAGCUAAAGAACCUUUUGAUAUCAAUCGAUUAAAUGAAUUAGCACCUAAUCUAUGUUGUCUUGAAAUAAGUCGUGCAUGUCUUAUCUUCAAUGAAAAUCUUCUCCAGUUUAUUUUCAAAAUUAUUCAUCGAUUUGAUCAACUAGUUUAUUUAACAUUAAAUAAAAAAGACUUUCAUAAAUCUAAAGACGCCAACAAAAUUAUCUUUAAAGAAAGAUUAAUAGAAAUUGAUAAUGGUCGAUUAUUUCAUUCUAAAGAUAUUCAAAUUAGAUUUCCUCACUUAGACAGAUUAUAUAUUUGGAUUUAA